UUAAAGGAGACGAAACAUUCAACCAUGAAGUUUCAAAUUCUGUUUUUUUUUCUGCUGUUGACUUGCAUGUAUCCCAGUUUGGCUCAAGGAUCCUACGAAAAUUGCUGUUUAAAGUAUGUUGUUGGCAUAAGAAAGUCCCUCAGAAAAAAUAUCUCUGGUUACAUAGUGCAGAAAGCAGAUGGAGGAUGUAACAUUCCGGCUAUUGUGUUCCAGCUGAAAAAAUCAAAGACACUGUGUGCUGAUCCAAGAAAAGGCUGGGUGAAAGAGCUGAUAAUGAAAAUUGAUUUAAAAAAUGAGUAAAGACAGCUGUUGCAGAGUAAUCCCUCCGUGAAUUAAUGUAACCAAUGUGUUUGUUUUAUAACAGCAAUACAGCCAUGUAACCGCAGUAUAUCUUUUUAUUUCACUUUCAUUCUGAUUCAUUAUUUCUCCAGACUAUGAAUUAUCAUUAUGCAGAGGUUCAUAAUGAACUGUAUUGUAUAGUCUUCUAUUCAAUGUAUAAGCACAAUGCGAAUGUACCAACUGUGAAUGUUUGCUUUCUCUGUUCCACCCCAACAUGAUCUCUUUAAAUUUGUAAAUAUAUAUUUUUAUAAACAUUA